GAGUCCAUGUUCAUCUGACCAUAGCACUACUCAGGCAAGGUUUAGCCCAGAGCCGGAGGAGCGGUGUCAAUCUCCCCAUCUGCCUACCACUAGCCAGGCAUCUUCUGUUACCACAAGCCAGAAAUCAAAGAAGCCUUCAUCUAGUCAAAGCACAAUUGGGGUAUCCCAAAAAAAGAAAAGAUCAAAGGGAAAUGAGGGUGAAAUGGUGCCUGACUUUCCAACUGAGGAAUUAAUCCUAUUAGUCCAAGAUCGGCCAGUACUGUGGGAUCAUACCCAUUAAAAACACUCAGACAAUUAUCAUACAAGAAAGAUGUGGCAGGAAGUGGGGGAAUGUUUAAUUCCGAACUAUGAAACCUUGUCUUCCUCAGUCAAGACUAAAUUAGAUGAGAAGAUGCAAAAAAAAUGGCGGUCAGUAAGAGAUGCUUUUAAAAGAUAUUGUACUAAAGAGGAACAAGCGUCUAAAAGUGGUUCUGGUGCCUCCAAACUUACAGUGUACAAGCAUGCCAAUAGUCUACAAUUUCUUCGAAAAUGCUUCAAACUUCGAAAGACAACAUCAAGUCUUUCUUCAACAUUACAGACAGAACAGAUAGAACAGACUGAGGGUUCCACACUACAAUCAGAAACUGCUCCACCAGUAGAAGGAGAACCUUCAUCUCGCAUGUCUGUUGCAGAUCGAAUACAGCAUCAAAUUAUGCAUGCCAGUAGACGCCAACGAAAAGACCAUGAUUUUAGAGAUAGCUUAAUGUUAGAGGGAUUUCAAAAAAUAGAGGACAGCUUUGAGAGUAGAUUAAUGUCCCAAGAUUUAAGGAUUUUGCGUUUGGAGGGAGAGUGGAGUGGUGAGAAAGAAAAUGCAGAUCGUCAAUUCCUUCUCUCACUACUCCCUGGUAUGUCUACAAUGACAUACUCUGAAAAAUUAUAUUUUCAGCGAAAAAUUCUUAAUUUAAUGACAGAGAUAGACAAAAAGCACUGCCAAACGCCCACAUUUCAUGAACCAUCACCAAUGCAACAAUAUCAACCACUAGAUCCCCAGACACGUGUGCCUCCAAGUACACCACAGCGUUUCAUUCAAUAUGGUCAACCUCAAGUUGUCCAAAAACAGUUUCCCAAUGUUCGUACCUACUCUCAUCAAUAUGUCCAGGAAAGCACACCUGUUCGGGGAUCAGAGGUUCAAUUCCAAAAUUUGUAG